AUGUUAUCUAACGCUCAAUGUCAAUAUCAUGUUAAUGUCAUCAUAUUCACCCUGUGUCGAGUUUCCACUUCUUCAUCUCCACUUCGCCAUCCUACUCUCACUUCUUUGUACCUCCUCUCCUCAUCUGCGUCUAGCAUCACCUUCACCACUCACAACGCUUCUCCUCCUCCUGACAAACCUUCACUGUUGUCUCACGAUACAGAUGGCAUGACAUAA